AUGUUCGCUGCUGUGGGCGCGCGCCUUGGACUGCGCGCGGCAGAGUCGCGUGUGGUACAGAAUACGGGGACUAUAUACGCACGAGGCGAGCUUCAGCGCAUGUACUCUACAAACACGCGCGCAAAUGGCGACGCAAAUACUGAAUGCACCGUUUUUGACGGCCGCCCUGCGUCGGAUUUUUUCGCAGUGGAACGGCGCGACCCUGUAGUCCACAUCCGCUUGAGCUAUUUGAACCCGAGCACACGCUCCUCUGCGCAGGACGAGCGGAACCAAUAUGUGCCGCUUUCUUCGCACGUAUUUGACACUGCACCGCAUCAGCACGCAAUGCAUAUGGCCGCCGUAUACUACUUAGACGCAUUGCGCAGUGGCACAGCGAGCACCAAGACGCGCGCCGAAGUCAACUUCUCUGGUCACCGCAUACGACCGCAGAAAGGCACAGGCAAAGCGCGUCUAAGCGAUCGCGGGAACCCCAUGCUGCGCAAAGGUGGUGUUGCCCACGGUCCUCGUCCGCGUGAUUUUGCCACAGAGCUUCCGCGCAAAGUGCGUGAGCUUGCGCUGCGGUCUGCUUUGAGCGCAAGGUUGCGCGAAGGAAGCAUGCACGUUGUUCCGAGCCUUGUAUGGCAGGCGCCGCCGACUUCGACCAACGGCUUGGCACGUCUCCUAAGCGCAAAGCAAUGGGGCCAUGCACUCUUUCUCACUGCUCCCCGUCGUCCUGAUCUCGGUGUGGCCCACGCGCGCACGGACGCACGUCCGUCGUCUGCCGAGCCGACGUAUGGCGCCGAGCAGCUGCAGCGUCACGCGCGCUACGUGCGCAACUUCAACCUCGCUUCACGCAACCUCCCUGCCGUGGAGCUCUUGCAACUGCAUACCCUCCCACCGCACGACAAACCGCGUGCUGAAAACGAAAAGAAGCCUGGAGAGCUACAUGCGUACCAGAUUCUCCAGUACCCCAAGAUUGUUAUGGACUUGGGUGCACUGGAAUGGCUAGAAAGCAAGCUUGGCGGUGCGCCCGUCCAGGCUUUGUACGCCAAAGAGCUGCGCUCCCUCAAGCUCGACGAGCCGGAAAACCCCAUUCAAGAUAAAGACGCGCAGCCUCCAUCGGAUGCACCGCCCUCUUCGGUGACGGGUGCUGCGACGGAUGCGGGCGCUUUUGCGCUCGCCGAUGCUGCAUCUGCGGCGUUUAUGCCAUAG